UUUUAACUGUGUAAGUUAUUAAAAGAGAGCAUCAGGUUGCAUAGAUGGCAAAAGUGACAGGAGCCAUCCCCUCUGACUGCAGCCCAGACCUUGAGAGAGUCUCCCUGGCAGUUCAUGCUCAACCAACCCCCGAUCUGCAGAGUCUGUGGCAUGGUAGGAGUGAGUCCAACGUGACUAGUGGUAAGAGGGGUGGGUGCACUGUGUUUGAUCCCUUUUGUCUGCCCGAUCCUCUACUGGAUUCAACUGAAAUGCUAAGGUGUCGUGUAGGUCGGCAGGGUUUGCAGCGUUGCAUAGGGAUGGACCGGGUGGCAGGUCCCGACUGCACUUUGCCGCAGGAGCCGUCUGUGGGUCAGUAAGUUGGUGACUUCGCUGUAGUGAGGGGCCCCUCUGCUUUUUAACCGUCUGGACAGCCUCGAGGAAUCAGAUCUGCUGAGACCUGGUGCUCCCUGGUUGCGCCGCCAUUUCAGGUUUGCCUGCUGCUUCCGCCAUUUUGGUUGUGGGGAGCCCUCUCAGACCCAGGCAUUACAGGUCGCGGAGACAGUCUCCUGGGACCGGGAUGACCCCCACCGGUCCAAAGCGGGGGGAUACGGGGCCCUUACCGCGUGGCGUCGGAGUUCCAAAGGGAAACCGCAGGGCAGGAUAGCGAGGUGGCGGCCGUCCACCCCACUCACCGCUCGGGUAGGCCUCAGAUGUAGCUGUGCUGAUGUGCCUUCUCAGGGGUCAAAACGCUUGUAAUCAGAGUGGCCUCAGCUCCAGCACCUCUUUGCCCGCAGGACCGCUGCUGCUUAACUGCAGAUAGGUAGAUUAUUUGCUUUUUUUUUUUAGGUAUUAAUGUCGUUAGUCUGCAGGAGCUUCUCUUGUAUGCGACCUCUCAGCAUGGCAGUCCGACCCCGCCCCCCGUCAAUAUUUUUUUUACAUCAAUUACGAUCUCUUUCCGAGGUGAUUAGCAGUUAUUAAUUCUUUGUCCACUACAGCUCCAAUCACUUUGCGGUUUUUGCGUUUCUCACGCUGUAAAACACGGCGGCGCUUAAAUAAGUUCUUGUGCAAGUCUGUUUUAGGACGAUUAAUCUUUCCUCCAGGAGCCAUGCUGAAUUCACAUGUACCCCUGGUAAGUUUUAUCCCGCAAUCCAUGAACCAGUUUAGUAGCCCUUCUCUGAACCCUCUCUAAGGUAUCAAUAUCCUUCUGAAGAUAUGGUCUCCAGUACUGUGUACAAUACUCCAAGUGAGGUCUCACCAGUGUUCUGUACAAUGGCAUGAGCACUUCCCUCUUUCUACUGCUAAUACCUCUCCCUAUACAACCAAGCAUUCUGCUAGCAUUUCCUCCUGCUCUAUUAAAUUGUAUGCCUACCUUUAAGUCAUCAGAAAUAAUCACCCCUAAAUCCCUUUCCUCAUAUGUUGAGGUUAGGACUCUAUCAAAUAUUCUGUACUCUGCCCUUGGGUUUUUACGUCCAAGAUGCAUUAUCUUGCACUUAUCCACAUUAAAUGUCAGUUGCCAGAAUUCUGACCAUUUUUCUAGUUUACCUAAAUCAUUUGUCAUUUGGCUUAUCCCUCCUGGAACAUCAACCCUGUUACAUAUCUUAGUAUCAUCAGCAAAAAGACAUACCUUACCAUCAAGACCUUCUGCAAUAUCACUAAUAAAAAUAUUAAAGAGAAUGGGUCCAAGUACAGAUCCCUGAGGUACCCCACUGGUGACAAGUCCAAGCUUCGAAUAUAUUCCAUUAACUACAACCCUCUGUUGCCUGUCACUCAGCCACUGCCUUACCCAUUCAACAAUAUUUGAAUCCAAACUUAAAGAUUGCAGUUUAUUGAUAAGCCUUCUAUGUGCAACAGUGUCAAAAGCCUUACUGAAAUCUAGGUAAGCAAUGUCUACUGUACCACCCUGAUCUAUAAUUUUAGUUACCCAAUCAAAAAAAUCAAUAAGAUUAGCUUGGCAUGAUCUCCCUGAAGUAAACCCAUGUUGUUUCUGAUCUUGAAAUCCAUGUGUUUUUAGAUGUUCAUCAAUCCUAUCCUUUAACAUGGUUUCCAUCACCUUCCCCACUACUGAAGUAAGGCUUACUGGCCUAUAGUUGCCCGACUCCUCCCUAUUACCUUUCUUGUAAAUGGGCACAACAUUCGCUAACUUCCAAUCUUCUGGGACUACUCCUGUUAACAAUGAUUGGUUAAAUAAAUCUGUUAAUGGUUUUGCUAGUACACCACUAAGCUCUUUUAAUAGCUUUGGGUGUAUUCCAUCAGGUCCCAUUGACUUAUUUGUCUUUACUUUUGACAGUUGAAAUAGAACCUCUUCCUCUGUAAACUCACGUGUAAUAAAUGACUCAUUUAUCCUUUUUCUCAACUGAGGUCCCUUUCCUUCAUUUUCAUCUGUAAAUACAGAACAAAAAUAUUCAUUGAGGCAGUCAGCUAGACCUUUAUCCUCUUCUACAUACCUUCCUUCUUUUGUUUUUAAUCUAAAUAAUCCUUGUUUUACUUUUCUUUUCUCAUUUAUGUAUCUAAAAAAUGUUUUAUCCCCCUUUUUUACUGACUGUGCUAUUUUCUCUUCUGUGUGUGAUUUGGAAGCUCUUAUAACUUGCUUAGCCUCUUUCUGCCUAAUCUUAUAGAUCAUUUUGUCUUCCUCACUUUGUUUUUUUUUAUAAUUCCUAAAUGCUAACUUUUUGUUUUUAACUAUUUUGGCUACAUCUGCAGAGUACCACAGUGGUUUCUUGAAUUUUUUGCUUUUACUGACAAGCGUAAUGCAAUUUUCUGUUGCCUUCAAUAGUGCAACUUUUAAAUAAUCCCAUUUCUCUUGGACCAAUAAAUCUUCCCACUGGAUUAAACUUGAGUGCCUGGAGGACCAUCAUUACUUUUUCGCAAAUCACAUUGUGAGGAUUGGCCAACCUCAGGCCCGGUUGAACCCUGGGAUUCAGGAGAGUGCGAUAUCCAUAUUGGUAAUUAUAUGGUUUGGAGUCACAAUGCAACAGAUGGAUGCAUGACGGCAGAUAAGAACCAUUCGGCCUAUCUAGUCUGCCCAAUUUUCUAAAUACUUUCAUUAGUCACUGGCCAUAUCUUAUAGUUAGGAUAGCCUUAUGCCUAUCCUAUGCAUGCUUAAACUCCUUUACUGUGUUAACCUCUACCACUGCAGCUGGAAGGCUAUUCCAUGCAUCCACUAAAGUAACACUUCCUGAAAUUAUUUUUAAACCUUUGCCCCUUCUAAUUUAAGACUAUGUCCUCUUGUUGUUGGAGUUUUUCUUCUUUUAAAUAUAGUCUCCUCCUUUACUGUGUUGAUUUCCUUUAUGUAUUUAAAUGUUUCUAUCAUAUCCCGCCUGUUUCAUUUUUCCUCCAAGCUAUACAUGUUAAGUUCCUUUAACCUUUCCUUGUAAGUUUUAUCCUGCAAUCCAUGAACCAGUUUAGUAGCCCUUCUCUGAACCCUCUCUAAGGUAUCAAUAUCCUUCUGAAGAUACGGUCUCCAGUACUGCGUACAAUACUCCAAGCGAGGUCUCACCAGUGUUCUGGACAAUGAUGAUGUAUAUGUCUUGGCAACAUUUGCAUCCAUACGCACUGUCAAUAGGCAACAUUGUCUUUUUUUUGCCACUUAAUAACAGCAGUGUCAAGUUUGGGUGCCGUAUUCCAGUUUUUUUGUGUCAUUAGCCUGGAAGGGGUUAAACCUGUUAAACUUACCCUGUGUAGACAGGCAUUUUUAUGGUAUAAGCCAUUAUGUUUCCACCAGAUCUUUUAUGGCAGAAUGUAUAGGAAAAGUUGCUUUUCUCUUAUUUUUCAAAAUAAAUAUCAGACUUGACAUUCACUUGAUCUUCUGGAAUUCUUACCCUGUAUCUAAUUAGGUAAAUAAGAGAAUCAAUUGACUUACCAUCCAGACUAUAAGGAUAUUCCAUAGAGUCUCAGACACUAUGGAUAUUAGUGUCUGAAUUGGAGCUUAAAGAAUCUUUCCUGACUUGCUUACUUAAUGUAGAGGACUGACUUGAGCUAGUUAUUUCCAGCAGUCACAGCCUUAGCAAUAGUAUCAGCCAGAUUAACUUUAGGCAUAUUAGCUAAAGUAGAUGUGUCUUCAUUAGAGAGAAUUUGGAAACAGAACAGUUUUUACAGAAAUUCUUCCCCUCCAUUGCAGUGGAUGAGCAGGCAUGACAUCGGUUUCCUUUUUCUGAUUCAUGAUGGGAUACUUUUCUUACAGGCUGCAAUAUACCCUGCUAGCCAAUUUUUCUGAAUUGAUCAUAUGACUGCAGCCUAGUCAUAUUCACCGAUCCCAUUAGUCAUAUAACAGGAGCAAAUGUUAAAAAGGGUGUGCAAAGGGGAGGAGCUCAUUUAACCACAAAUGCGCGCGCGUGCACACACACACACACACACACAAUUUAAUCACAUUAACUAGAAUUACUUGUAUAUCGGUUCUAAAAAAAGUUUUCAGAAAUAUUUUAUAAGGGUAACUUUUUUUGUCUCCACAAAUCAUAUAAAACGAAUAAUUCUCAGGUUACAAAUCACAAAGGUUGCCACAAAUCAUCAAUAGGAUCAUUUAUCUUGGCAGCAGUCACACAUAGUCUGAUGUCACUGUCCAUCAAUGCUACUGGAAACAAAAGGUUUAUGCAGUGCAGCCAUUUGAGUGUAACAUGCCCGGCUGGGUCAUAUAAGCCUUUCUGUUUGGAGAAUCUUAAACUGUUAAAAAUGUUAUCCAUAUUUUGUACAGCUGAACACAUAAUGACAUGCAUGGCUGCUGCAACACUUUUUAAUUUUUUUAAUUUUUUUUAAGCGCAUUACAACUUCAAUGCCCAGGUCCAGUGGCGACUCUAGGAACAAUAAAUGGGGUGCACUAAUCAUUUCCACUACUAAAUUGUAGUGGUUUCAGGAGGAGAGAGGCUGUUGCAGAAGCAGGGGAGUGUAAGGACUGUAAUGGGUAUAGGAGAUAAUAGGGGCUGUAAUGAGUGCAGGCGGCAUAUGGGUUGGGGAGGCAUAGGGGCUGAAGUGGGAACAGAGUGGCUAGGAACUGUAAUGGGUGUAGGUGGAAAUAGGGGCUGUAGUCAGUGGAGGGAGUAAUAGGUUUUUUUUAGUGGGUGCAGUGGCUGUUGUGAGUGUAAAUGGAAUAGGUGACUGUAGUCUGUCUAGUGUUAGUAAAGGCUGUAGAAGGUGCAGGGGUAAUAGACCUCUAUUGUCUAGUGUGUGCAUGGGUGAUAGGGGCUGAAGUGAAUGCAAGGGGUAACAGGAGUAUUAGUGGGGGGUAGGACCAAGGAUGGGGGAUAGGGCAUUAGUGAAGGGAUAGGGGUGACUAUUUUAAAUUAAAAAAAUAGAUGAAUAAUGUUUAUUUUCCAUGCCUAUGCCUUACCUUUGGGAACAGGGUGGAAAGUGGUUGCAGUGGGUGAAGGUGGGAUUGCAUCUGUAGUGUGUGCAGUAGGAAUAUGGACUAUAGCAGGUGCAGGGGAGAUAGAGACUGUAGUGAGUGCAGGAAGAUCGGGACUAUAAUGUGUUAAUUGGCUAUACAGGCUGUAGUGGGUGCAAAGGUAAUACAGGUGAUACUCGAAAAAUUAGAAUAUCGUGCAAAAGUUCAUUUAUUUCAAUAAUGCAACGUAAAAGGGGAAACUAAAAUAUGAGAUAGAUGCAUUACAUGCAAAGCAAGAUAGUUGAAGCCGUGAUUUGUCAUAAGUGUGAUGAUUAUGGCUUACAGCUCAUGAAAACCCCAAAUCCACAAUCUCAGUAAAUUAGAAUAUUACAUGCAAUCAAUAAAACAAGGAGUGUACAUAGAACAAUAUCGGACCUCUGAAAAGUAUAAGCAUACAUAUGGACUCAGUACUUGGUUUGGGCCCUUUUUGCAGCAAUUACUGCCUCAAUGUGGCGUGGAAUGGAAGCCUGUGGCACUGCUGAGGUGUUAUGGAAGACCAGGAUGCUUCAAUAGCAGCCUUCAGCUCUUCUGCAUUGUCUCAUGUCUCUCAUCUUUAUCUUGGCAAUGCCCCAUAGAUUCUCUAUGGGGUUCAGGUCAGACGUGUUUGCUGGCCAAUCAAGCACAGUAAUCCCACGGUCCAGGCUUUGGUGCUUUUGGUGCUUUCCUGCUGGAAAAUGAAGUCAGCAUCCCCAUAAAGCUUGUCUGCGGAAGGAAGCAUUAAGUGCUCCAAAAUCUCCUGGUAGAUGGCUGCGUUGACCCUGGACUUAAUGAAGCACAGUGGACCAACACAUGACAUGGCUCCCCAAAUCAACACAGACUGUGGAAACUUCACACUGGACUUCAAGCAUCUUGCAGUGUGUGCCUCUCCAUUCUUCUUCCUUGGUUUCGAAAUGAGAUGCAAAAGUUGCUCUCAUCAGAAAAGAGGACUUUGGAUCACUGAGCAACAGACCAGGUCUGUUCUUCUUAAGCCCAGAUAAGAUGCUUCUGACGUUGUUUGUUGUUCAGGAGCUGCUUCACAAGAGGAAUACGACAUUUGAAGACCAUGUCCAGGAUCCGUCUGUGUGUGGUGGCUUUUGAUGCACUGACUCCAGCCUUAGCCCACUCCUUGUGAAAGUCCCCAACACUUUUGAAUGGCCUUUUCCUGACAAUCCUCUCCAGGCUCCGGUCAUCCCUGCUGCUUGCGCACCUUUUUCUUCAACACUUUGAUACAGCACCUUUUUCUUCCACACUUUGAACAGCACCUUCCUUAGCAAUUACCUUUUGAGGCUUUCCCUCCUCAUGGAAGGUGGCAAUGAUGGUUUUCUGCACAACUGUCAGGUCAGCAGUCUUCCCCAUGAUUGUGAUUCCUACUGAACCAGACUGAGAGACAAUUUAAAGGCUCAGAAACCCUUUGCAGGUGUUAUAGCUUACUUAGCUGAUUAGAGUGGGACACAGUGAGCCUAGAAUAUUGCACCUUUUCACAAUAUUCUAAUUUACUGAGAUUGUGGAUUUGGGGUUUUCAUGAGCUGUAAGCCAUAGUCAUUGCACUUAUUACAAAUCACGGCUUGAACUAUCUUGCUUUGCAUGUAAUGCGUCUAUCGCAUAUAUUAGUUUCCCCUUUUACGUUGCAUUACUGAAAUAAAUGAACUUUUUCACAAUAUUCUAAUUUUUCGAGUAUCACUCGAAGGUGCUGUAGUGGAUGCAGGUGGUAUGCGGGGGAUUGAGUGGGUGCUGAAGGGACAGAGUCUGUAGUGGGUGCAGGGGGAAUAGGGAGAUGUAGUAGGUGCAGUAUGUAAUAGGGGGGCUGUAGUGGGUUGAUGGAGAAUAGGGACCAAAGUGAAUGCAAGGGGUAAAUUAGCUGUAAUAAGUGCCGGUGGUAAUAUGGAAUGUAGUAGGUUGUGUAGGGUGGGGAAAUAGUUUGGUGCUGGGGAAACUUGGACAGUAGUGGCGGGGGUGGGGGGAGCAGGAGCUCAGAAUUGUGAUAGGGAAGUAGUGACGGGAUGGGGAGGUAAUAUACACAGAUAAAUAUACUGCCAGGCAUAGACACAAGCACACGCAAGAUACACACUCAAAAAUAUAGGUUUUAAGCCACCACCUUGAUUUCCUACCUCUCAUAGCAAGAGGGUGGCUUCCCUGGAAUCCAGAGGUGAAACGGCUACAAACAUUGACACACUACUCAUCUCCCCAUGAGCAGCUUUAUCACAUACUAGGAGGAAGUGAUAUGUUACCAAGCGGGAGAAUAAAGGGGGAAAUCAGCAUAUCCCGGUAAGAGUUUUGCCAUGCGAUCAACUUAGGGAAGAAAGUUAUAUUUUCUCAAAUACACCACAUAUACCUUCAUGGACCCAUGCAGGCCCUAGAGCUUGUCCUGGUCCUGAAGUGGAUACUGGCUGUGAAGUUGUUUGGGUGCCAUCUGCCAUGUCCCUCCCAUAUUAACCCUGCAAGUGAAAACAUUGCCAUUUGCAGGAAUGACAAUGUUUUUAUUGCAAAUUCUAAAUGCUUCUAGUGGCUGCCUCUCAGGCUACUAGAGAGCUUCCACCAAAAUAGCAAAAUAAAACAUUGAUUGGCUGAGAUAAUUAACCUCGAUGAUCUCAGCCAUGGAGAUGGGACAGCAAUGCAAGGGAGGAAAGGUAAGUCCAUUCCUUGGUCAGAUUUGUUCUGAGAGCAAGGGGUUCUGUCACUUCGGGGGAGAGGAAUGAGCUUGAAAUUUCUUGGUAUUUUAUUUACAGUUAGUUUUAGUGUACGGGCUAGAGAGAACACCCACAGUCUCUCUCAUACGACUGGAAAUUCACUUUAUAUGUACUCCACGUGCUUAUAUUAAUUACACUGCUAUCCAGCAGUAUCUAUGUCUGCCCUUAUGGAUGAUGGAAGAGAUGUAUAUGCUAAUCCCCACUAGAUGUUAUAUGUGAGAUAGAAGGUUUGGGUGCAGUUAACUCAGAUUGGUGAAUUAUUUUGUGCUCUACAACUCAUUGGAGGAUUUAUCCACAUUGUGUUCCAAUGUAUACGCAAAUGGAGUCUGAAUUUUUAAAGAAACAAAACAAUAAACACCAUAUCAGUUACUCCCAGGUUUGUAUUUCCAAUUAUUUUUCUCUCUGACUGGCACCAGCGCUUGUCCUGCAAUAUACAGGUUUCAGCUUCAGCCAGUAUAAGUACUGAUCCAAAACCUGCAUCACUGUAUCUACAGUGCCACUUGUGGUGUUAGUAAACCACAGUCAGUGGCUUUGCCUCAUGCCAAGAGGGCUUGAAUUUAUAGAAGUGGGUGAAGUGUUACCCUCGUAAUGAUAUUAAAGUUUUUACUUGAUGGAAGACCCCUUACUCUAAUAAUGAUGAUUUGUUCUUUUACACAUGCAUUUAAUAAUCUAUAACUCACCCUUACUGGGACAUUGGCCAAUUAUAAUAUUUACCAGAGUUACUUUAUCAUGUUAGCAGUUUGCUAAAAGUUAUUUGUGAGUUUGUGAGGCUCCUGGGUGAUAUCUUUGGCUAUAGCGUUAAUGUUCCUGGUUAAUGUUGUAAGCUGUAAUAUGCCAAAAAACUGAUGUCUGUCUUCACCCACCUUUUUCUUUUUUAUAUGUCAGGAGUGCCCUGAAAGCAGAGUAAAUAGACCUUUAGACCAUGCUGGUUCUGGGCAGGUAAAGGUCGGGAACUUACUUAUUACAUAAAGCUGAAUACCCAUAUUAAGAUGCACUUUUUGCUAUACUGGUAUGCUCCCAAAAUCAUAAAAAGUACACCAUUUUUUAUACAACUUCAUCUAUAUCCCACUUUGUUGUAUAUUUUUUCCCUUUAUUAUCUCUUAGUUUAAAAAUAUUUUUCAAAACGUCAUUUUUAAAUUAAAGGCCAUAACAUAGAGCUUUCAAAUACAGAGUCCCUGACCAAAAAAGCAAUAUGUAUCACAUCUUUCCACCAUAGCACAUUUCACUUAAUUCAUUUUUAGGACUAAAUCAUUAAAAAACAUCAACUAAAAACAGAAAAGUACAGGUAAAAUAUAAUUUGGAAACAGGGGGGAGCAUUCUGUACCUCCACAUCUGGUAGUGGUACCCCCUUAUGCAUGCCUAUGUGUUCGAUUACUUUGUCUUGACUUUGCAGGGUAUAACCAAUAUAUGAAAUAUAUCAGUGAGAUCGAUUCAUAUUUGUAAAUUAUUUUAAUUUUUGAAAGCUGGGUAGAUACAGAGCAAUACUUUAGAAAAUGCUGAGAGCUGCGGUUGACUCCAAAUAUUUGGCAUGAGGUGCCAGCAUGAGGCAAUCUGAACAUGCUGACCCAAAGUCAAUCACUAAUCUUUUGAAAAUGAGCUGUCAAGCUGUAAGGCAGAGGACAGUCUGAUGCGCUCAGUACAACCCUGGCCAUGGCUAUUUGUGUGAAAUCUGAUGGAGACAAUUCGAUAGACAUAGCUGCUGCCUCAGCAUAGCUCUAAUCACCAGUUCUAUUCACUGUGGACGUAUAUAUAUGGUCAGGCUCUGUAGCAAAGCAUGGUCACUCCGGAAAACUCAGCAGAAGAGGUACAGUGGGUCCAUUCUCUUUGUGCGGUUGGCAAAUCACUUUGGAGUUCUAAUUUUUUUUUGCCCAUGGGAUGUCUCUUACUGAGCAGUUUGUUUUUUAUUAAGUGGCUAUUCUGACCGCUGCAGCAAUGAUAGGGUGCUACAUACAGCAUUGGCACUGCAACCAUCAGACAUGUGGCAGUCAGGGAAUUGGUUCAUGACUGGCUAUGUACGGAAGGCAGAUUAGGGUAUUUGUUACAGCAAUUGCUGUCUGACUGCACCAAGCGCUAUGGAAUGUAGACAUUCUAGGUCAAUAUAAUGAAAAAAAUGCUGUCUGUUAUGAUUGGCGUGAGGGGAGCUUAGCUGAAAUAUGUGAAAAAUGACUGCACUGUAGUAUUUUAUGUGUUUCAAAAACAGCCAUAGGGAUGGAUCUAUGGUGAUAAAAAAGACUGUGUCCAAAAGAGUUUUAUUCCUGGAUAUAACGCCGCCAUCUAUGCAAUCCAGAAAAAAAGCCUUAGUUUUAUUUUUUAAAUUGUUUAUGUGUAUGCUCUCUGAACUGUUAUCAUUUUCUAUUUUAUACUGCUCUCAAUGGGAUUGUUUUGCUGUCAGUAAGACUCUGCAUGUGAUGUAAACCCUUUCUAAAUCAGAAUCAAAUGAAGUCACAGAGGCAAUACAAGAUAAUUAAAUUGUAAAAGCAGGUUUCAAUGACUAAAGAAAGGACCACCAACACAUCUGAUUGGCUAAUAACUGUGCUUAAUUGAUCUUAAAUGUUACACUUUAAGUUGUAAAGUGAUGUCUGUGCUUCUCAUGUUCAAUAAUAUUGAUAGGUUUGUGUAAUGUUUUGAGAAGCAAAUGGUAUGCACACUGUUAAAAUGUAUGGCUUACAUUUUCCAUGUGUUACUUAAGGUAUCUUGUUAUUAUGAAAUGUUACCCUGUGCUUUCACAAGAAGGAUUUAGGAUCAGAAAGAAUAUCUGUGCGUGAACAAUCACUAAAGGCAAUAUUGUGCAUUCUAUGAUAUACGCUUAUAGCGUCAUAAUUAUUUUCUUUCAUACUUGGGACAACCAGAUAUCUGUCAUUCCUGAUAUUACAUCCCCUCAUUUAUUAGGAAGGGUGUCACGUCAGCAAAAUAAUACGCAACCCAUAGUCAGUCUAUGCCAAUAUCUAGGUCACAAAAAUGGCAAAUUCUAUUUACAUGUCACUUUUUCUAACACAGGUUUCUUAAUCUUUGAGUCUUCAUUGUAGUGUGGGCACGAGUUCCUAUCAUGUUCUUGCCCUGACUUUGCAUUCAUAUUUGAUGAUGAUGCCUGUGACUGACAGGCUUUCGUGCAGGCGAUACGACGUGCAGUAAUAAAUAUUGUUGUUUAGUAUUCUGUUCUUAUUAGUUCAUUGUUAACUAAUAAUGUAAGUUGUAAAAAGUGCUCGGUAUCUCUCCUUUUAAGAAAGAAAUCAUCAGCAUCUCUUAUACACCAUCAGCUUUAAAAUAGGUGUUCUUCGUAUGUAAACCUGUUUAGCAGGAGUGUUUGUAUACAUACAACUUGUUCGAAAAAUUGUGAUUAGAAGAUAAACAGCUAACGAACAUCCCCUUAAGGCAUAAGCAGAUAUUCAUAAAAUUGCAUGGUCACUCCUACAAAUACUCUAGUGUGGGUAGAUGAAAAUGAUCAAUCGGAUUAUUACCUUAAAAUCAUUUAUGCAAAUAAUAUUUUAUUGCCAGGAUAUUAAUAUUAGCAUAAUUGACUCUAAUCGAGAAUUUCUCUGGGUUAGCAAUGGUUUCACCAGGGUUCCAAUACAAAUCACUCUUAGCAAUUACACUUAUUUUUUCUACAUGAACCAUGUCAAUCUGUAAAGUUAUAUUUAGCAAAGCUUGUUAUGGUACUAUUAACAAUGAAUACUGUUACAUCAGGGUGGCUAAAUGAAUGCCAUUUCAGCUGUUACUGGCUUGCUAGUGUGAUAGUAGUUGGGAUCUUACCACAGAUUGACAAACAUCCAAUAAUGUCUUCAGCGGGGCCUGGAAGCCUACAUGGCACAUGUUUAACAGCAUACUAAAUGAUUUCGUGUCAUUCUUUUCCUGUUUAAGAAUUAAAUUGGGUUGCCUGCUUUUGAUUUAGGAAACAGUGAAAGUGCAAGAUAAAUGAUUUUAGAGUUUGGCUCAUGAUGCCUCCAUAUGGCUAGUCUGUAUUAAAUUGGCAUUUUAUCUUUGUGGGAUUGAAUAUGUUCGCUCGCCUUAUAUAAAGAUGUUCGAUUGAAUGCAAUACUAUUGGAAUAAAACAUUUAGGGUAUUUCAGAACUAAUAGUAUCUAGAAAAACUGCUUCUUAUGAAACACAAUUUAUGCUAUAUGGAGCUUUAAAGAGGUCUGCUACUGAAAAUCAUCUUUUUCGUGUGUUGUUGUACAAGUUAAAAAAUAUACUUUCUAGUGUGAUUGGUUAAAGAUAAAUCAUAUGUAUAUAAGCUUCUUAUCACAUCACUUGUACAUAAUUUAUAUGUGCAAAACUACAGCUAAAUGACAUAGACAGAGAAGGGAGGUGAGUUGUGAGUUAAAGGACCACUAUAGUGCCAGGAAAACAUACUCGUCCCCCUCCCGCCCGGCUCUGGAAGGGGGAAAGGGGUUAAAUCUUACCUUUUUCCAGCGCUGGGCAGAGAGCUCUCCUCCUCUGAUCCUCCUCUUCUCCUCCCCGUCGGCUGAAUGCGCACGCGCGGCAAGAGCUGCGCACGCAUUCAGCCGGUCACAUAGGAAAGCAUUCAUAAUGCUUUCCUAUGGACGCUGGCGUGCUCUCACUGUGAAAAUCACAGUGAGAAGCACGCAAGCGCCUCUAGUGGCUGUCAAUGAGACAGCCACUAGAGGAAAUAGGGGAAGGCUUAACCUAUUCAUAAACAUAGCAGUUUCUCUGAAACUGCUAUGUUUAUGAAAAAAUGGGUUAACCCUAGCUGGACCUGGCACCCAGACCACUUCAUUAAGCUGAAGUGGUCUGGGUGCCUAGAGUGGUCCUUUAAAGAAAAAAAAAUUAUCAAGAUUUUAAGGCAAGGUUUUUGUCCCAUACUCCAUUUGCCUCUUUGUGAGUUGGGGGAUGUUCCUCUUGAAGUUAUUUCGUGAAAUGGUGGCAUAAUAUAGAAAUAAUACAUUUUUAAUCCUAUAUCUUUGAAAAGUUACACUUGGCCAUAUUGCACGUUUGCUAUAGGUACAUAGAAUAAUUGGUUUUGUGUACAAUAUGCUCACUUGCUAAUCGACCUAAAUUACAACCCUGAAAGACAUACCACUCUAUUGAUAGUCUUUACUUGAUCUCCCAUCAACCCCAACUAUCACAUGACAGACAGGGUGCAAUAUAGUUAGAGUCAUCAUGGAACGUUGGUCUGGAUUUCCUAAUUGGCACUCAGCUUGAGUCUUGGUAUGUUUGGAUGCCCUAUUUUCCUAAUCACAGCCAUUGUUCGAUCCUUCUUUUGUAGAUUUGCUAUCCAUAGUUUCAAAUAACAAUAUACCCACGCUGCAUUUUGAUUACAAUAUGUAUAUUUUGAUGUAAAUGCCAGUAAUCAGAAUGUUUUUUUUUACAGGCAAACAUGACUGAGCCACAGAGUACCCCAGAACAAAUGGCUGCUGGCAAAAGCCACGGAGGGAUUGGUGGAACUUAUAAGGUAACCACCACCCAGGCAUAAUUUAUACAAUUUACAGGUUCUUGUCUGUAUAUAUAUAUUUUUUUUAAUGUUUUUAAUUUAUACAAAAAAUUAUAUUUAGAUUGUCAUUUGAAAAAUGAUAAUUAAUCUCUAUAGUGUUCCCUGCUUUUGUGCUUGGAGUGAAGCAGGGAAGAUCAUAGAGAGUUUUCAAUCACUGUCUGACCCAAGGUGUAUGUGGCUGAAGGCUCAUGUAAUAUGCUAAAGGUAGGGAUGAGUUUCUCAUUUUUUACAUAUACUUGUUGUUUAUUUUUGUUUUGUUUGUUUUUUAAAUCUGUUUCUUUGACGCAAGGAUUAUUAUAUUAAAAAUACGUUUUCAGGUGACAGUUUUCCUUCUAUGGAACAAAAUUAUAUAAUAAAACAGUACAUGCAAAAACCAUCUUUAAAAUAAAAUUGAAGGUUACAUAGCUAACAGAGAGACACAUCCAUCAAGUUCAGCCUUUCUCACGUCUGUUUUUGCUGUUGAUCCAAAAGAAGGCAAAAAACCUAGUUUGAAGCACUUUCCAAAUUUGCAACAAACUUCAUUCUUGACCCUGGAAUGGUAGUCAGAUCUCUUCUUGGAUUAAGAAGCUAUUACCCCACAAUUUAAAAAUGAUAUCCCUGAAUAUUAUGUUUUGCCAGUUUUCAUCCAGUGGCUGUUUAAACAUCUGUACAGACUCUGAUAAAACCACCUUUUCAUGCAGAGAAUUCCACAUCCUUAUUGUUCUUACUGUAAAAAAAACCAAAACAUUUCCUUUGCCUUAGACCAAAUCUCCUUUCUUCCAGUCUAAAUGUGUGUGACCUCAUGUCCUAUGUAUAGUAGUGUUUAUGAACAGACUUCCAGACAGUGGUUUGUACUGGCCCCAUUAGGGUAUGUUCCCUACCUUUAUUGUGGUAAAAGAUAAUUGCAUAUUUUUUAAAGUUUAAUAACUUAAAUUUUUUUCCAGUUUGAAAUUAAAGUUGUAGCUCGCUUGUCAAAUUACCCAUGUGUGACAGAUGAUGUUCCAGUACUGUUAUAACAGGGGUUCUCAACCCAGUCCUCAAGGGCCACCGAACUGUCCAGGAUUUAGGGAUUACCCUGCUGUGUCUAAUGUGUUUUAUGGGGCUGGGGGAGAGGAGGAAACAAACACUUUAGACACAACAGGGUAAUCCCUAAAUCCUGGACUGGUAGGGGGUCCUUUAGGACUGGGUUGAGAACCCCUGUGUUAUAAUGUAAUGUGUUUUACAUAACCCCUUGUCAUUAAUGGGUAAUGGAUAUUUCCUUAUAUUAAUUUUGGUAAGCAAGAAUAAACUCAAAAUUAAAAUAGAUUAUAAUUUUGAGCAUGAUGUCCUUGGGAAAAUGGGUGAUAAAAGAACCAAACUAUGGGAUUGUAGGUCGAGAAAUUGCAGUCCGGGUGCAGACUCAUGCAGAAUAUAAUUAAAUGAUUAUUAAUGAAGAAGUCAACGCAUAUUUGUAGACUCGCGUGUAAGGUGCAGAUUCCAGGGUCCCUAUCUUAAGCCAUAUGUCACUAUAACAAAAAAUAAUAAGAACAGUCCAAAAUAACUACUGUUCUCUAUGACUAAUUCACCACAAAUGUGUCCAUCAACGGUGCACAACAUAAAGGUCUAGUAAAGAUGAUCAGUCACAGGAAGUGAUUUUAGCCUAUUUACCACCUCCAAUUAAAAGGGAUGAUGCAAAUCAACAGCAUUUAAUCCAAAUCUAGAUAAUCUAAUUUCCGCAGUCAUAAGCCAAUGUCUGUUACAUUUAAUAACUGGGGAAGUCUUGUUGAUAAUUAGUGACAAAGUCAACCUCACCCACAUGAUUGAGCUCAAGAAAGCAUGGACCCUAUUUUCCCAGUUUAACCAAUGAGAGUGUAGUGUUCGUAUGAUGGGUAAAUUACAACUAUUUUAAGAUUUUCCAAGACACAAACUGUUAAAUCAAAGAAACAAAGGUGUGAAAUAAAUUGCCAUUAGCAACAGCAAAACGGGAUAGAAAGGGCUCUUCAGAUUCUAUCCUUAGUUACAGGAUUAAACCGUAUUAGUUCUGGUUAUUGUUAUACACAUUUCAUAAAGUACACAGUGUUCUCUUAUGUAAAUCAUUACAAGGCAUUAAAUCAUCAGCCUGUAAUAUUACCAGCCCACCCAAUCCCCACCCUAUUAUUAGAUUAUGUUCUUCUACUGAUUUAAUUCAUUUUUCUCACAUAAUUGAGGAUUAGAAUGGAAUUAAAUAUCUACAGCAAUAUAUUUCUAUAUAAUACUCUGGUGAUGUACAAAGCACUUUUAAUAAAUGUUCUCUCUCUUCUUUUGACAUAGACCACCACUGACACAUGAAUCCUACAUUUGUUGAGUUUGGAAAUGUUGUACAGGCACAAACAUUUAUAAACCGCAACUGCUUUUGUCCCAGUUACAAAAUGACAAGGAAAAUCCUCUUAUUAGAUAAUAUUGUAUGAAAAAAGUCCAUCAAUAAGACUUAAAAAGUUGCUUUAAAAUAGCUAACACCCAAGUGUAUAAACAAAAGUCAGUGAGGUAAAUGAUGCACUCACAAACCGGAGAAGCCUUAAAGGGACACUAUAGUCACCAGAAUAACCACAGCUUAUUGAAUUUGUUCUGGUGAGUAGAAUCAGGCUUCAGGUUUUUUUCUGUAAACAUUGUCUUUUCAGAGAAAAUGCAGUAUUUGUAUUACAGCCAAGGGAUAACUUCACUGGCAACUCCUCAGAUGGCUUUAAGAGGAUGCUUCCUGGGGCAGUGUCUCCACACUCUGCAUGUAGACACUGAACUUUCCUCAUAGAGAUGCAUUGAUUCAGUUAAUCCCUAUGAGGAGAUGCUGAUUGGCCAGGGCUGUGUUUGACUUGUGCUGGCUCUGCCACUGAUCUGCCUCCUUGACAGUCUUAGCCAAUCCUAUGGGGAAUCAUUGUUAUUGGCUCAGACCACCACUUCUGAUGAUGUCAGCAGACAGAGGCAGUUCAGGGGCAGAGCCAGCAGCUGCAGACUUGAAUACAAGUAAGAUGUUACUAUAUUUAGGGGGGCUAGAUGGUGGUUUUAACACAAUAGGGUCAGGAAUACAUGUUAGUGUUCUUGACUCUAUAGUGUUCCUUUAAACACACACACACAUAUAUAUAUAUCAUAGUUUCCCAAGUCUUUGUCCAUGCCUUUCAUUUGUGAAGAAUGGGGGGGAGGGGAAAAAAGUUUUAAAUGGCAAGGUUCCUUCUGAGGGAUCUUAAUCCUUCUUAUACACAACUUUACAGGGGGUAUGAGGCAUGAUUCUGUCCAUCAUGUAAAAUUAUUAAAAUUGUAACAAAACCCUCUGUUAUGCAUAAUUGAUAAUAUUAUCGUGAUAUAGUUUUUAAUAUAGAUGAUUAAAAAUAAAAUGAAACAUUGUAUAAUUCAAUAACCAUAAUACUCCUGACAGUUAUUAUUUUUUUAAAUGAAAAAAGUUGCCUUUAUACGUAUACAGGAAACACCCUUCCCUUAUCUCAAGUACCCCUCAACAUAAGCAGUGCUCGGUUUCUGCAGCAAUAUAGGUGACGUUUUGGAAAUUGGAUCCAAUACACAAUCUAAACAAAACUCUUUGGAACGAUUUGGAGACAUUUCCUCUUUGCUGCUUUGUCACUUCACUCAUAUUUAUUUCAGAUCACACUCUAUGAACUGGAGAAUUUCCAGGGUAAGAAGUGUGAGUUGACUGGGGAAUGCCAAAACCUGAGCGAGAAAGGACUUGAGAAAGUUGGAUCCAUCCAAGUGGAGUCUGGACCGUGAGUAGCAAAAGCUAACAAAUUAUUAAAGUAGAGGAGGUCUCAGAGUGUUUAUAAUGUAAUGCAAAUAAAAUGUAUAUGCUUUCCUGAAACAUACAAAAAAAAUUAAAAUUAUGAAUGAAACAUAAGAAUUGCAGCAAAAAUAUCUAAAAGGAUUUUUCAUUUGCGCAACAUCAAAUAAUAAAUCCAUCAUGCUCAACCAUCCAUUGUUCCACACUGAUUAGCCAUCGUGACAUUUAUAAUGUACCAAAUCAAAAAUCUUAUUUACUCUUUAUUAUUAAGCAGUCCUGGCAACUGAACAGAUCUCAGUGCAGUUAGUUAGUCAUGUGUAGAUUUUUAUAAAUAAAAUAAAAAAAGAUUCAUAUUGAUUUGAAUGAUACGUCAUUGAAAGGUAUUACAGAAAUUAUUAUUAUAAUUUUAUUUUAAACACAAUUUUGUCUAUGAAGUGUAUAACGUUGUUAAUUGUUGAAAGAGACAUCCACGUCCUAUAAAACCCUCUUAGCCUUGUAUAGGUUAUGGUUCGAGAAUCUGCCUGUCUCCUUACAUCCAAUUCAUUAUAGCUGUAGCAGUUUGUUAAACAUACUGCAGCUACAUGCUUGGCCCCUCAUUCAAAGACAUCAUGACAUAGUUACCCCCUUCAUGUUUAUGAUUUAGUACAGUGUGGUGUAUGCAAAGUAUGUGUGUGCCAUGGAAAGUCUGAUCAACUUGUUGGGUACAGUUGACUACAGCACUGCCAUUGAAAACUACGAGAGGGCCAGGAUUGUUCCAUAAAUUUCAGUCAUGUACUGGGGUCUGCAAAGGAUGCAGAUUUCGAACUUAUGAGGGUAAAUUUAGAUGUGGAUAAUCUUUUUAUCCAUUCCCCCUUUUUUUUUUUUGCAUAACUCCAUGUUGCAUUAAAAGGGGUGAAGGGCAGAUCUAUCCUGAUGUAUCCCUUUAAACAUUUAUGCCAUAUUGUUUCUUCUCCUUUCAGAUGGCUCAGCUUUGAACGUCAAGCAUUCGGUGGGGAGCAGUUUGUUCUUGAAAAGGGUGACUACCCACGAUGGGACACGUGGUCCAACAGUCACAGGAGUGACUAUGUGAUGUCCAUCCGUCCCUUGAACGUUGUAAGUACAAUAUCGAAACUUUGGGGGCAUACAGGUAAACAAUGUGAGAAGUGCAUUUUGAGUUCUCGUUCUCCUGUCUGUUUGGAACAAGUUUCAUUAAACUGAAUAAACAACGUACAAAAAGACUUUGCAUGAAUGGAAUAACUAGGAAUAGCUAUGUAUCAAUAACUACAAAUCAUCAUCGGUAACAUUUUUUCUCCUAAAACUUGCACGCUAAUAAUGAGCUCAACAUAAUAGCAUUACUUUUCAUGAGAAUAUACAAAUAUGUUUCAUUAUAAACAGGUGUGAUAGUGGGGAAUCUGCUUUUGAGUCUUGAAUUAAGGGUUUACCCCUAAAAUAUAAAUGGAAAAAAAGCAUGUUUAAGAUUAAUUUGAAGACAGUUUUUCAUUUACAAAUUACCAAUGGAUAGAAAAAUUUUACUUUAGCCUAUAACAAAUAUCGGUAUACUAUGCACUAAUUAUAUACUAUAUACUAAAUAAUUGCCUUAGAUUGCUAACUGCCAGUUCAAGAGCUAGAAGUGGUAUCAUCCAUUAAAGGGAACUGGUAUACGUCUGCAAGAGGACGGUAUAUAAAUGUAUACAUAAAUAUAUACAGCAAUUGCUAUAUUACAUAUUUGGUAAAGAAUAAUAUAGCCUGGUAAUGGAUGGCACAUAGUUGCAAUCUUAGUCAACAGAACUCUGCGGUACUGUGGCAGGGGGUCUAAAUAAUAAAGGUUCUCUCUGAAUUUUCUACGGAUAUAUAAUAUUUGUAACUUCUGUAACUUCUGUGUCUAGAGGGUAUCAACAGGCAUUUUAGUCAUUGUCAUUAAAACUAGACUUAGAGAUCCAAACAGCUUAUUCCUCCAAGUGAGCCAAAGGUUGAGAACAAAGAUUUGUCCCUUUAAAGUCAUGUGCUAAACCUCUGCUUCAUUAGCAGUUACCAGUAGCAACAAUAGAGGGCGCUAGUGCAUGAUAGUAUACUAGGGGCUCUUAGCCAUUGCUACUGCUGAGAAAAUCAGUGGCUCAGUAGAACACAAACGUGUCUAAUAAAAGAUUCCGACACGAUAGGCAAAAAAAAGUAUGCACUUGGAACAUUUUAUUCCAGUAUUAUUCAGAUGUGUGUGUGGGUAUAUAUAUAUUUCCAUUCUCCCAUGUACACUCAUGGAUAAAGCAGUGAAGAGCUUGCCAAAACUCGCUGCAAGUGAUUGUUUAUUUGUGUAUUUUGUAAUAUUUUCUUCAAAUAUAUUUCUGUUACUCUAUUAUUUUCAAAUUCCAGAUGCUUCUCUAUCCAUAGUGGUUAUUGUCACAGCAGCAGUGUCUAUGGCUACGCAAUUUACAGUCUGGUUACGGAAGAUUCAAUGUUUGAUAUAUCUCAUUGUGCAUAUGUAAAUAUGCAUUUCAUGUAGUAUGAGUCUUAAAUAUUUAGAAGCAAGUAAAAAAAAAACAAAAACAAAAAAACCCCCCCAACACACUGCCCUCUUGAUAUUGCAGUUUAAAAAUCAAUCGGUGCAUUUAUUAAAGCAAGUCACAAAUCACGCAUGCUUAAACGUCACUUUGAAGCAUUCUACAGUAUGACACAAUUUGUAACCUAACUUAAUAAAUGCAAGCAUUGGUUAUGAGCUGCUAUAUAUAUAUCUUAUUGUUUCGCUUCUAAUUACAAGCAUGUCAUACAGUUGACAAUAUGUAUAAGGUGGGCUUUGUCUAUGGCUAUUAAUUGAUAACAUGUCCUAUCCCCAUUUUCUUACCAAAGUCUAUACGAAUGUCUGUUUUAUUAUGUACAUUAUUAUAGUUCAGCAUAUCCUUAAUGUCAUAGCUACUAAACAUGCUUUCUGAACCGCAGGACAGUGCCGAUCACAAGAUCCACCUAUUUGAAAAUGCUGGCUACAACGGGAGGAAGAUGGAGAUUGUGGAUGAUGAUGUACCUAGUCUCUGGGCUCAUGGCUUCCAGGACCGAGUGGCCAGUAUUAAAGUUCUUAAUGGAACGUAAGAGAAAGGAGUUGAAAUAGACAGUAAAAUACAUGCUUUUUACGGUCUUAAGAUUGAAUUGUAAAUAUCUGAAUCUCUGUGUGUUGAUAUUUGGCUGAUACAUGGCAAAGGAUGAAGGCUAUAAAUAUAAACAGAUAUCCCUCACAUUGAGUAAUAUGUACAGUAGAAUACAGGUAAUACCUAAGCCAUUUACAGAAAGCGUGCGAUAGAAAGGGACAACAGAAUAUGAAAUUAUAUCUUUAGAAAGGAAUGUCAACUACAAAAGGUCACAUCAUUCUCACAGUCAGAUAUGUAAAGAAAAAGUAAGAAUAGAUACGCAGGUCAUCACCAUCCGUGAUAAUCUACAUAACCCAAAACAAAAAUCACAGUAUAAGGCUUCAAAGCAUUUCGUGUAGAAACAGAGCACCCCAACACUGCAGUUUCAUUCUUAACUAGCUACAAAAAUAAUCCAGAUCACAAGUAUUGCUAGAAGGAGUUACAAUCCAUAAUUAUAUUCACGAUAAAUGAAAGAAAAGGAGACAUUAAGCCUUGUGUGCCCUACAUGUUGCAUUUAAGGACAAGAAUAGAAGAUUAGCCCACAUUUUAAACUCUUUAUUGCGUUACAGCUGAUUCAGGAAGUUCCAGUGUUUUAAUUGUAGAGACGUUUACUUGUGCCAGGGUGCUGGUCGCAGCAUACCUUAUAAAUAUACUCUUCAUGCAAAAUAUUAAACAUGGCCUUAGACAUAUUAUUGCUUAUUUCAUAUGUGCCUUUAGCAUAAUUCAUCUUUAUAUAUAUAUAUAUAAGUCUUGUAAAGGUUCUGUUUUAAAUGACCUUUUCUGUCCAAGAGGAAUAACCUGCCUAUCUGCUCUCUCCUCUCUCUCCAUUCCAGCUGGGUUGGCUACGAAUACCCUGGCUACAGAGGCCGUCAGUAUGUGUUCGAGAAGAAUGAAUACAGACACUGGAACGACUGGGAGGCCAACCAGCCACAAAUCCAGUCUGUUCGCCGUAUCCGUGACAUGCAGUGGCACAAACGUGGCUGCUUUGUUCCUACUCCAGUGGCGGCUGCUGCUGCUGCCCCAGCUCCAGCCCCAGCAAGCAGCUGAAGGAGAACAAAGCACACCCACCAGCUACAAACCUCUUCUGCUGAGAAGCACGGCAAGAAGAGACGCAUGAAAUGAUUUUAAAAUUUGAUAACGUCUCUUUAAUGUGUCAGUCUGUAACCUUGAAUAAAGCUCUUAGCUGCAGAACGUUCUUGGUUUUAAUUUUUAUUUUAGGAGUAUGUAGGAUAAAGGAAUAGUCUAUGUGAUAAAGCCUUUGGCAAUGUCCAAC